AUGUAUCUUCUUCAAACUUUUAAACGCAUAACACUUUAUAAUAACGGAAUUUCAUAUUGCUCUAAUAAUGAUAUUGAUUUCGCUUUACCUUUCAAUGAGUACUUUGAUGAAUUUAUAAAUGGGCUUAUCACUUUAUCUGAAAUUGGAAAUAUUGAUAUGUUUGAAAGUGGUGAUUUUAAAUAUCGGUCCAAUUUUGCAUCUAAAAAUAUUGAAGAUAACGUAGUAGAAAGUGCUAGAAUUAAAAAUAUUGAAAAUGAUAUGUUUGAAAGUGAUAAUUUAGAAUAUCGGUCCAGUUUCACACCUAUAAUUGAAAAUGUAGGAGAUAACAUAUAUGAAAGUGAUUCAGAAGAUGAGCUUGAAGACAGUCCUUUAAAAGAGAUAUAUACUGGGCAGACUUUUCCUACUUUUGAGUCACUUGAGAAAUGUUUGAAACACUAUUCUACCAAAAUGGGUUUUGAAACUAAGAUCGUACGAGUUGAAAAUGAAAAUAAUGUAGAUCCUACAACAAAUAAAGAGCAUAAGUCAGCUUGUAUAGAGUGUGAUUUUGUGUUAAAUAUGUCAUAUAGAAAACUGCCAAAUCAUAUAUUUGUCAACAAACUUGUUGAAAAACAUAAUCAUGCAUUAAAAGAUAGUAAUUUGCUUCAAGUUUUGCUAUCAUCACGAAAACUACUUACACAUAUAAAAGAAGAGAUUUAUAAUAGAGAUCUUUAUAAUAUGAUCAGUAGAUUCAAAGAUGAUACCCAAACUAAAAAUGAUACUUUAACUUUAUAUUUAUCUUUAGACUAUAGUUCAGCACUGUGCAUUUCACAUUUGACAAAAUCUGUAUCUGACUUUGACAGUCGCUGGGCAGAUCUGAUGAACAAAUAUCUAGAAGUUCAAGAUUACUGUAAUCGAGUAUUGUAUCUGACAAAAGAAUGUUGGGCAUAUGCCUUUACAAAACGAAAUUUUUCAGCAAACACCUAUUCAACACAACAUGUUGAAAGUAUAAAUCAUGUUAUAAAAUUAGAAGCCAACUCUGGAAACUCUUUAUGUCAACUUCAAACAGGAAUCGAAUUGAGACUUAAAGAUGAAGCCAAAUAUACGAGAUUACAAGAGUUCCGAAAUAUGAAUUCUACAGCAGGUUUUCCUAAUAAGCCAGAUGGUCAUAACAUUGGAUUUAUAGAAGACGAUUAUGAAAAACUACAAAUUCUAUUAAAUGUAGCCUUAGAGGAUUGUCGUGGAAUUGGCAUAAAAGAAACUUGGGAAGUUAAGCAUAUUCAAAGUACAACAAACCAUUCGCAAUUUGUUUUAUUGCUUGAAGAUGCACUUUUUAAUAUGAAGUUGAUUCCGUUACAUUGGUUUUCUGAAGAAGGUCUUGUAGUGUUUGAUGAAAAUCAAGAAUCAUCUGUUCAGGUGGUACAAAAUGAUGAACCAAUUCCAACUAAUACAUUUCAAACAUUAGAAAAGAUUCGUAGGCAAGAAAUUAAUAUCAGAAAUGCUAUAAAAUUAGAUUCAAAAAAGGUUUCAUAUUGUUGUGGUCUCGGGCUUUGUAAAAAGGCAUUGGAUAUAGCAGUCAUAAAUGGUUCUCAUAUUGUUUUAGAAAACAUAUUACAAUGA